GAAGCGCUAGGAAUUUCUAUUGGGUAAAGUCUCCGGCUUUGCUUCUCAAACUCAAGAUCUGAAGAUCCAAUGGAGAAAGAACAAUCAGCAGGAGGCGAUAUAUCAUCAGCCCAAGCUGUUUUACUUGGAGCUUUAGCUCCUGGUGUCAACGGUCCUACAUGGAGUACUCUAAAAUUAACGUUUUUGAUGUUAGGUCUUUGCCUUGCUCUCAUGUUGGGUUUAGCAUUCUCCUCUACUGAUUCCUCCUUGAUUCUUCAUGUUGCUUUCCUUGUUCUCAUUGCCAUCACGCUCUUCUUGCUUCUUAACUGGUUUCUUGAACAGACCGGUUUGGUUUCUGUUGAGCGCCAAAUGCAGGAGAUGGACUUAAUACCGAAUAAUCGUAAGAGAGAAUGAACAAGAAUCAAUUUAACAGAAUGAACUGAGUUUUCUUUUUCUUAACUUUUGAAUUGCAUUACGGGUGAAGAUGUCAUCAAACACAAGGAAAGGUGGAGGAUUUGAGAAUGAGAUGGCAUUUCUAAGAAAAACAUGUUAAAGAGAAGUGUUAGCAAAUCAUGUUGCUUCAUUUUUCUUUCCCGGGAAUCACAUCGGGGACGCUGAUCAUUAGUCGCUCUUUGCUUCCUUCUCCUUAUGUUUGCCCUUCUUGGCCUUGAUGAAGCAGAAGCAUGAGCAGCAUGGGAGUUGAAGCAAAAACUUCAUAUUUCUUGUACUGAUGAUUCAUUUGCAAAAAUUGAGAUUUAUAUAGAACUCCAAUCUUAGUUUUCUUGUAAGGAUUAAAUAUAUUCUAAUAUGGAUGCCAUUACUGAGGUAGGAUUCCUAGCA